UUGGAGGUAAUGUUGUGGUUAAGGCCUACUCAAAACCAUAUAGUCCAUACGUUCUAUCCUUAUCGCUGGGUGUGCGAUAUUUGAUAAACCCAUCUUUUACUCUUCUCCAAGUUCGUACUUCAUCCUGAGUUUGAGCGAGUUCAAGCUCGCAACUUACUUAGUAAGCCACUGAAGAGAAGCUGAACAAAUGGCUUCCCUUCUUGGAGUUACUGCAAUUCUUCAUGCACCAAAUCUUGAUUUGUACAGAAGGACGGGAACAACGGCCACGGCAUCACCGACGCCUUCUCUUUCUUUUGUUGACAAGUCCCACUUAAUUGCCCUCAAAGUUCAAACUUGUUUCAGUGGUAGUAGCCGUCGCAACUUGUCCGGAUUCACCUCUUCUGCAAUUGCUACUCCCAAUUCCAUACUCAGCGAAGAGGCUUUUAGAAGUUUCGAUGGCUUCUCUGAAGACUCCUUGGAUGAUAAUCUCAUCGACCCUGAACCUAAUUCAUCUCUUGCAUUCGCUGCUGAUGAUGACGAGCUCGCCAUUUCCAAAUUAAACUUGCCCCAGCGGCUGACGGAUGCUCUUCAAAAGCGUGGGAUUACCCACCUCUUCCCUAUUCAAAGAGCUGUUCUUGUCCCUGCAUUAGAAGGUCGAGACCUCAUUGCCCGUGCAAAGACUGGUACUGGGAAGACAUUAGCUUUUGGGAUACCAAUUCUUAAAAAACUCACUGAAGAUGAUGAAUCAAGAAGUUUGCGGAGGCGGUCUCGUCUUCCUAGAGUUUUGGUGUUAACUCCCACCAGAGAACUAGCCAAACAAGUGGAAAAAGAGAUUAAGGAAUCUGCACCUUAUCUGAACACUGUUUGCGUUUAUGGAGGAGUUUCAUACAUUACACAGCAAAAUGCUCUUUCUCGUGGAGUUGAUGUGGUAGUUGGAACACCUGGUCGAUUAAUAGACCUAAUAAAUGGUAACAGCCUCAAUUUGGGGGAAGUUGAAUAUUUAGUAUUAGAUGAAGCAGAUCAGAUGCUUGCUGUUGGGUUUGAGGAGGAUGUGGAAGUAAUUUUAGAAAAGCUUCCAUCUCAGCGACAAAACAUGCUUUUCUCUGCUACUAUGCCAACGUGGGUUAAGAAACUUGCACGCAAAUAUUUGGAUAAUCCAUUGACCAUUGAUUUGGUUGGCGACCAAGAUGAAAAGCUUGCUGAGGGGAUCAAACUUCAUGCCAUAUUAACGACUGCAACUUCGAAGCAAACUAUUCUCAGAGAUCUUGUAACAGUUUAUGCGAAGGGGGGAAAGACCAUUGUUUUUACUCAGACAAAACGUGAUGCUGAUGAAGUCUCUUUGGCAUUGGCUAAUAGCAUAACAUCAGAAGCAUUGCAUGGAGAUAUAUCACAGCAUCAACGGGAAAGAACAUUAAAUGGAUUUCGGCAGGGGAAGUUCACUGUGCUGGUUGCAACUGAUGUAGCUUCACGAGGACUGGAUAUCCCAAAUGUUGAUUUGGUUAUCCAUUAUGAACUUCCUAAUGAUCCUGAGACUUUUGUACAUCGCUCUGGCCGCACUGGGCGUGCAGGAAAAGAGGGUACUGCCAUUUUAAUGUUUACAAAUAGUCAAAGGAGAACAGUUAGAUCACUUGAGCGUGAUGUGGGGUGCAAAUUUGAGUUUGCAAAUCCACCUGGAAUGGAGGAGGUUCUAAAAUCAUCAGCUGAGCAAGUGGUUGUUACUCUUCGGGGUGUUCAUCCUGAAUCUAUUGAGUAUUUCACUCCAACUGCACAGAAGUUAAUUGAUGAACAAGGACUGGGUGCUCUGGCGGCUGCACUUGCACAAUUAAGCGGGUUCACACAUCCUCCUUCAUCACGGUCACUUAUUAACCACGAACAGGGAUGGGUGACAUUGCAGCUGACCAGGGAUCCAUCUUAUUCACGUGGGUUUUUGUCUGCUAGGUCUGUCACUGGAUUUCUGUCUGACGUUUAUUCUCCAGCUGCAGACGAAAUUGGAAAAAUACAUCUAAUUGCAGAUGAAAGGAUAAAUGGAGCAGUAUUUGAUCUUCCAGAGGAAAUAGCAAAAGAGUUGCUGAAUAAGGAACUGCCAGAAGGAAAUACUAUUUUGAAGAUAACAAAGUUACCUCCUCUUCAGGACGAUGGCCCACCAAGUGACAACUAUGGAAGAUUUUCUGGCAGAGAAAGAAGUAGUCGAAAUAGCUCCAGGGAUCGCAGAGGUUUAAAAACAUCAAGGGGAUGGGGAAGCAGUCGAGAUUCUGAUGACAAUGGUGAUAUAUUUAGUAGAAAUCGCAGUUUUAGAACUAACAACAGCAAGGGUCGAAAUUUUAGAAGCUCGGGAGAUGAUUGGCUAAUUGGAGGCAGACGAUCAAGCAGGUCAUCAUCCGUGGAUAGAUUUGGCGGCUCCUGUUUUAACUGCGGAAGGAUGGGACACAGGGCAUCAGAAUGCCCUGACAAGUGAUAAGCAAGACGACUAAGUAUACUUGAUCAGCUUCUAGUUAUUGUGGGGACUCGUGUAGGUUUUUAGGUUCAGCUAAGUUGCAUCAUCUUAGAUUCAGGUGGCUGGUAUUCAGAUCUCGAAGAUGCUGCUUGAAAGAGUUAACAGUCUCAUGUUACGUUACAAGAUUACUUUUUACAAUCUCAGUCUGUUGUAAUUUAAGUUUUGCGCGGUGAAGCUUUCAAAAUUGAUUUGUCAUGUUAUGAGUUAUAUGGAUACCCUGUUUCGACCCCUCAUGUAGAAUGUAAAUGUUUCGGAAGAAUGAAGAAAUGAAAAACAGCAUAGCAUUCCGUUGGUUAUAA